AUGGCAGAGGCGACGGCAGCGGGCGGGGCGCUGGCGUUGACCGACGCGGCAAGGACACUCACAGACGAAGAGGUAUGGGACGUAGGCACGGCCUUGGGGCGGUUGGACCCGGAGACCCGGUCCCUCGUAGCAACCGCGCUCCUGCUACCCGUGCACCAACGGCAGGCGCUCCAACUGAGACUAGCGGCGCUGCCCGAGAAGAAGUUGGAGGCCAGAGACGGACCAACGGAUCCGGCCAUCGCCAAAGUGACGGAAGUGGCGGUCAGCGGCGGGGCGCCGUACUAUGCCGGCAUCUUGCCGCGGGGCUUGGCAGAGACGCGAAGCUACGAAGUGGGGGAUGCUAGGAGCCAGUGGUUUUACGUGCUGAAGCGGGCAACGGCGACACGCCAGUUGGAUGGGCGCGGGAACACAAGUGGAGCACCCCCGCGAGCGGCCGACAGCGGUGGGCACGAUGUCGGUGCCCGGAGCAUGGGCGGUGAGGAGCCGGCCGCGGUCACCGACGGCGCUGCCGAUGCGGCGCGGCGAUGCCCCGCUCGGGCGGACGGGCGGAAAAAGGCAGCCAUGCGGUCCGCCAGGGCGUUGCCCAGGUGCUGUGCCGGAGCGUUGCUCAGGCCGACUGCAACGAACGCCGGCCGGGUCGAAAGGAGACCAAACGAAGCGCGGAAAAAGGGGCGGACGAAGGAGCAGACGCGGGCGGAGAGGGUUGGCGGGCAGUGCGAUAGCACGGAGUGGAGCGUGCGAGGGGCGGGCAACCGGCCGCCAGGUGAUGCUGACGGCGCCCGAACGCGGCGCCCAGGAGGUGGCCGGCGGAGGCAAGGGGGAAACGAAACGGCAUCGGGAAGGACAGCAGACCGGAGGCCAAGCAUGGCCGCGGAGCCCGCCAUGGCGAACACACCGAAGCGGCGGCGGCGAAGCGAUGCCCGCCGACCGGCCGCAGCCGAGUUGCGGUCCGUGGCCGAAGUGCAUGGGCGGCAGGUGCGAGACGAGGUGAGCGUCGUGGGCUAUCUGCUGCUGGUGGAUGAGAGCACCCACCGGGCGGAAGUGCAGAAUCGAGGCAGGACAGAAGCGAAGUCGGUUUGCAAUUUGCUGGUGGCCGACUCGUCGGGCAUGGUGCAAGUGACGGUGUGGGCCGAGAAAGCCGAGCAGGUGCAUCCGGCAGCACGCCGGUGGCUGCAAGAAGCGCCCGACGGGCACUUCCCGGGCGUCGCCUUGGCUGGGUUGCAGGUGGCGGCCUAUCGCAACAAGACGGUGCCAGCGCUGAAGCGUUUGCAAUCAACGGGGCGCAGCAAAGUGCUGCCGAGCGGGGGCAGCGGAAUCUGUGCGAUCCGCCCACCGCCGCAGGCGCUGCUGCAAGACAGCCGCGCGUUGCGCGAGCCCGGGGUGACGACAUGUGUCCGCGGGACCAUAGGCAAUAUGAAGGAGUUAGUGUUCAGUCAGGACGACAUCGGCAUGCGCAGCCUCGAGCUUUGCACGGAGGAUGGCUGGAAAAUUCCGACCAUGUUGCACGGAGCCGUGGCAGAGGAAGACGGCUUGGCAGAUGGAAUGCAAGUGAUUUUGUUCUUCGCAGAAACGAAGGCGCCAUUACCCAAUCGGCAAGAAGAAGGAGGCCGCCUGUGGCUGUAUGAAAGCGGCUUCGUCCUCAUUUGUGGCCCUGAUCCCCGCCCGGGGCGACCAUGUCGGCAGCUCCGCAUUGGGCACCCGACGGGCGAUGCCAGUGACAGUGGGCCGGCAGACGGCGUCAGUUCGCCGGCAGUGUCACCGGCAGAGAAUGAAGAAGAGGAGGACGGCAGCCGGUAA